AUGACAACGAGGGGUCCGAAUGUGAUCAUUCCUCCGGCGGAGAAGGAAAGGCUAGCAAAGAAGUGGAAGAACACUCUUAUAGUUACUUUGUUAGGUAGAAUGGUCAGGUCAGAAUAUAUGGAAUCCAAACUACCUCAGAUGUGGGGGUGUUAUGGUGAUAUUGAAGUUAUUGAUAAAGAGAAUUUCGAAUCGAAUGAAGAGAAGAUUACUAAGAUUGUUGAUUGGAUUCAUAUCUCUCAACUUCCCUUGGAUUAUUAUGAUCAAGGCAUAUUGUAUGUUUUGGGGUCACAAAUUGAUCAUGUCUUGAAGGUGGAAACAACUACCAUAAAGAGGAAGAAAGGUCGCUUUGCCCGCUUAUGUGUUAAACUGGAUUUGAAUGCUACAUUAAGACCAAUUGUCCUCAUCAAUAGGAAAGAAAAACGAAUUCAGUAUGAAAGUAUUCACCUAAUAUGUUUGAAAUGUGGUAGGUAUAAACAUGAUGCUGAUAAUUGUCCAGUGAGACCUCUACCGCCAGAGACGAUGCAAGGUCAAGCUUUGGGAAACUCAAGUAAUAAAGGCGAGAGCGUAAACGUGAAUCCUAAAGCGAUAAUACUUCAUAUGAAACUGGGAGCUAUGGAGGACGGUAAAGAGGUGAUGGAGGUGGCUGAAUCAGAUGUAUGCUAUGAAGAAUGGAUGAUAGUCCAGAGGAGAAGGAGAUUCCAGUGCAGCAGUGGGUCGAAAAAUCAUAUCAACUAG